GGAUGUCAAGGGUAAUGAACAGAAGUGAGAGGUUCCAUAAAAACUAAAGAGCUUUGAAGAACAUUCUGAAGCUUGUAUAGGAGACAAUAUAUCAAGAAUCUAUUUAUUGAGUUCUUCUGGAACAAAAGCCAGGAGCUCCCUAAUGUAAACACAUUAGUGUUUGUUUUGAGGAGGAAAGCUAUAGACUCUUUUUAAACAACCGUAAAGCAGACAGCUUAGUUCAAAAAAUCCGUUUUGGAAGAUGUCACUGAACAACUCUUCCAAUGUAUUUCUGGAUUCCGCGCCCGGUAAUACCAAUCGCUUUCAAGUUCAUGUCAUAAAUGAGAGCCAUGAGAGCAGUGUGGCUGUGAAUGACAACGCCGACCCCCCACAUUAUGAGGAAACCUCUUUUGGGGAUGAAGGCCAGAACAGAUUCAGAAUCAGCUUUAGACCUGGGAAUCAGGACCGCUAUGACAACUUCCUCCAAACUGGAGAAACUGCUAAAACAGAUGCCAGUUUUCAUGCUUACGAUUCUCACACAAACACAUACUACCUACAAACCUUUGGCCACAACACCAUGGAUGCCGUUCCCAAGAUCGAGUACUAUCGCAACACGGGCAGCGUUAGUGGGCCCAAGGUCAACCGGCCCAGUCUGCUUGAGAUUCACGAGCAACUGGCAAAGAAUGUAUCAGUGGCCCCGGGUUCAGCUGACGUGGUUGCCAACGGUGAUGGGAUGCCUGGUGAUGAACAAGCUGAAAACAAGGAAGAAGAUCAAGCCGGUGUCGUGAAGUUUGGAUGGGUGAAAGGUGUGCUGGUAAGAUGUAUGCUGAACAUCUGGGGUGUCAUGCUCUUCAUUCGCCUCUCCUGGAUUGUUGGAGAAGCUGGGAUCGGUCUUGGAGUUAUCAUAAUUCUUCUUUCCACCAUGGUAACUUCUAUUACUGGGUUGUCAACUUCUGCAAUAGCAACUAACGGGUUUGUUCGUGGAGGUCUUGGAGUCAUCAUCAUUGGCCUGAGUGUGGUAGUGACAACACUCACAGGUAUUUCUAUGUCCGCUAUUUGCACAAAUGGAGUAGUAAGAGGAGGUGGGGCCUACUACCUUAUUUCCAGAAGCUUAGGGCCCGAGUUUGGUGGGUCUAUAGGCUUGAUCUUUGCUUUUGCCAAUGCAGUGGCUGUUGCUAUGUAUGUGGUGGGAUUUGCUGAGACUGUGGUAGAUCUUCUUAAGGAGAGUAAUUCGAUGAUGGUGGAUCCAACCAAUGACAUCCGGAUAAUAGGCUCCAUCACAGUGGUGAUUCUUUUGGGAAUUUCAGUAGCUGGAAUGGAAUGGGAAGCAAAGGCUCAAGUGAUUCUUCUGAUCAUUCUUCUCAUUGCUAUUGUAAACUUCUUCAUUGGAACUGUCAUUCCAUCCAACAACGACAAAAAGUCCAGAGGUUUCUUUAAUUACCAAGCAUCAAUAUUUGCAGAAAACUUUGGGCCAAGCUUCACAAAAGGUGAAGGCUUCUUCUCUGUCUUUGCCAUUUUUUUCCCAGCAGCAACUGGGAUUCUUGCUGGUGCCAAUAUCUCGGGAGAUUUGGAGGAUCCCCAAGAUGCUAUCCCCAGAGGGACCAUGCUGGCCAUCUUCAUCACCACUGUCGCCUACAUAGGAGUUGCUAUUUGUGUAGGGGCCUGUGUGGUCCGAGAUGCCACCGGGAGCAUGAAUGACACCGUCAUUUCUGGGAUGAACUGCAAUGGUUCAGCAGCCUGUGGGUUAGGCUACGACUUCUCAAGAUGUCGACAUGAACCAUGUCAGUAUGGGCUGAUGAACAAUUUCCAGGUCAUGAGCAUGGUGUCAGGGUUUGGCCCCCUCAUCACUGCUGGCAUCUUUUCUGCAACACUCUCCUCGGCCCUGGCCUCCCUCGUCAGCGCACCCAAAGUUUUCCAGGCUCUGUGCAAGGACAACAUCUACAAAGCCCUGCAGUUCUUUGCAAAGGGAUAUGGGAAAAACAAUGAGCCCCUGAGAGGAUACUUUCUCACUUUUGUUAUAGCCAUGGCGUUCAUUCUUAUUGCGGAACUGAAUACCAUUGCUCCCAUCAUCUCCAACUUUUUCCUGGCCUCAUACGCACUUAUUAAUUUCUCCUGCUUUCAUGCCUCUUAUGCCAAAUCUCCAGGAUGGAGACCUGCAUACGGUAUUUACAACAUGUGGGUAUCUCUUUUUGGAGCUAUUUUGUGCUGUGCAGUCAUGUUUGUCAUCAACUGGUGGGCAGCUGUCAUCACCUAUGUCAUUGAGUUCUUCCUCUAUAUCUAUGUGACUUACAAGAAGCCAGAUGUGAACUGGGGCUCCUCCACACAGGCUCUUUCCUACGUGAGUGCUUUAGACAAUGCUCUGGAACUAACUACAGUGGAAGACCAUGUGAAAAAUUUCAGGCCCCAGUGCAUUGUCUUAACAGGGGGACCCAUGACAAGACCUGCUCUCUUGGAUAUAACUCACGCCUUUACCAAGAACAGUGGCCUUUGCAUCUGCUGUGAAGUCUUUGUGGGACCGCGCAAGCUGUGUGUUAAAGAGAUGAACAGUGGCAUGGCAAAAAAGCAGGCCUGGCUUAUAAAAAACAAAAUCAAGGCUUUUUAUGCAGCAGUGGCGGCAGAUUGUUUCAGGGAUGGUGUCCGAAGUCUCCUUCAGGCCUCAGGCUUAGGAAGAAUGAAACCAAACACUCUGGUGAUCGGAUAUAAAAAAAACUGGAGGAAGGCUCCCCUGACAGAGAUUGAAAACUACGUGGGAAUCAUACAUGAUGCGUUUGAUUUUGAGAUUGGUGUUGUCAUAGUCAGAAUCAGCCAAGGGUUUGACAUCUCCCAGGUUCUUCAGGUGCAAGAUGAAUUAGAGAAAUUAGAACAGGAGAGACUGGCCUUGGAAGCCACUAUCAAAGAUAAUGAAUGCGAAGAAGAAAGUGGAGGCCUCAGAGGCUUGUUUAAAAAAGCUGGCAAGCUGAACAUUACUAAGCCAACUCCCAAGAAAGACAGCAGCAUUAACACAAUCCAGUCGAUGCAUGUGGGGGAGAUCAACCAGAAACUGGUGGAAGCCAGCACCCAAUUUAAAAAGAAGCAAGGAAAAGGCACAAUUGAUGUUUGGUGGUUGUUUGAUGAUGGAGGGUUAACACUCCUUAUCCCCUAUAUCUUGACUCUCAGAAAAAAAUGGAAAGACUGUAAAUUAAGAAUCUAUGUCGGAGGGAAGAUCAAUCGCAUUGAAGAAGAAAAAAUUACAAUGGCUUCCCUCCUGAGCAAAUUUAGGAUAAAAUUUGCAGACAUCCAUGUCAUUGGUGACAUCAACAUUAAGCCAAACAAAGAAAGCUGGAAAUUCUUUGAAGAAAUGAUUGAACCAUAUCGUCUCCAUGAAAGCUGCAAAGAUUUAACAACUGCUGAGAAAUUAAAGAGAGAAACUCCGUGGAAAAUUACAGAUGCAGAGCUGGAAGCAGUCAAGGAAAAGAGUUACCGCCAAGUUCGACUGAAUGAACUCUUACAGGAGCACUCAAGAGCUGCUAAUCUAAUAGUCCUGAGCCUUCCAGUGGCAAGAAAAGGAUCUAUAUCAGAUUGGUUGUACAUGGCUUGGUUGGAAAUCCUCACGAAGAACCUCCCUCCUGUCUUACUAGUUAGAGGAAAUCACAAAAAUGUCCUGACAUUUUAUUCUUAAAAGAUAAAGGAUUAGAACACAUUUUAACUUAAUGUAUGAAUACGUAGGAGACAUGUUUCAGUACUUCAUGUUAUAAAUCUAAUCUGUGGAUAUGCAAACCUCUGGAGACCAAGUAAACUUUGUCAUUUUUUUUAUUAUUACUUAAUAGGAGCUAUUCUUUUUUUUCUAUCAGCUUAAGGGGGUGUCAAAGCCAAUGCUACCCCUAGAAAAACAUCUUGUCAUUGCUGUUGAAAAACAAGAAAAUUAAGCAAACCCAUGCUGGCUUAUGCCCAUGAAAACCACCAAUUUAUUGUAAGCUUUUCCAGGCACACCUAAUCUUUUGUUUGCUUCUAGGCCCUGGUAGAGGCUUCAGCCCCCAGCAGUUUCUCAUUAAAUGACUAUUGACAGGCUGGUAUAGUAACCAUGGGUGGUUAUCAAAGGAAAAGACCAACUGGGCAGGAAACGUGAUUAUGCUUGGCCUUCUGAGAAGCUUAUACCUACAAAGAAGAUUUGAAAAUCAAUAACUGAAACCUUUAAGAAGUACUUGCUUCUACACAAUGUUUAAAGCAGUUACCUAAAUAAGGUUAUUUAAUAUAACACAGAUUAUAUACUUAGAGUGAUCUGAGUGAUCGCUGAUAACAUAUGGCUUCAAUUUGGGGCUGAUUGAAAAAUAUAUUAGCUGGAUUAGGAGGCAACAUAUUCCAAUUAAAUGCAAUAUAUUCCAUCCUUAAUAUGUAAAUUUUAGUUGCUUUCCCUAUUUAGACAUUUCCAGCAUGGUAUUACUUAGCAUAUUUUUUUUCUAAUUAAGUGGGUAGCACAGAUGAAGUCUUCAUAGAUGUUUAAUUGAAAACCAAAUACCACACAUUUUCUAACUGUUAUAAAGAAAUAUAUCCUGAAUCAUAUAUUUAGUUACUUUACAUAGUGAUUGUAUAGAUUUAAAAGAAUAAUUAAAAUGUGAAGUGGAGAAACUUGCAAAUUUGAAAUAUACAAGUAUCGAUUUUUUUUCAUUUGUUAGUGUUCCUAUAAUACUUAAUCAUAUUAAAAAACAACCAAAAUUUUUUUUCUGAUGGAUGGCUUGAUUAUUUUUUUUCCUGACAUAUUAUGACUGUUUAUUCUAACUGAUAAAAUAUGAGGGGAAAAAAUCAACCUGAAAUAAAACCACUUAAAUUCA